AAUGUAAGUAAUAAUUUGUUUCACGGACAUUCCACAAUACUAAAAGUAACGAAAUGGAUCAAACGCAUGAUGCAUGUUCUUUAAUAGAUAAAAUGUAAUCGUAGUCAAUAUUCUUGUGGUAUGAGAGGAAUAAAACCGUUCACAAUGUGCUGAUUUUAGAAAAUAAUCCAUUUUUGAAUGUAACUCUGCAUUGACUGCCAUUGAUUAUUUCCCAGUCCGAUCGAACCAUGUGUUUAACAGUGCUGCGGGAUUAACUUAAUGAAUGGAGGAAGCCAGAAAUUACAAUCGAAAUAAAUUCAAUCAUCUGUCUGUUUAGACAUCUCUUCUUUCUAAUACAUUUAAACCCUCCAGUCUUAUCUGAUCAAUGUAUUGAGCUUCUCUUUUUAUCCCACUAGAGGGUGACACCGCUUUUCUCAUUAAACAUAGCCUCGCCCUUCUCUCUCACAAACAUACAGUACACAUUUAACUGGUUCAAUUUUACAAUUAAAAAAAACUGCUCUGAUCAUACUUUGAAAUGUCACACUAUAUAACGUACAAUGAUCAGCCAUAACAUUAAAACACUGACAGGUGAAGUGAAUAACAUUCCUUAUCUCAUUACACCGACACCUGUCUACAUUCAGCGGUCUUGUGGAGUCCAUGCCUUGAUGGAUCAGAGCUGUUUUGGUGGUACAAGGGGGACCUGCACAAUAUUAGGCAGGUGGUUUUAAUGUUAUGGCUGAUUAAUGUGUAUUAAACUGUUCAGAUUUAAUUUGUAAGAAAUUGUUUUCCAUCAAACAUAACCGCUGCUUUUACGCUAUACAAGGCCGAAUGUUUGUCUCAGUCACACUGCAGUGUUUCAACAGCUGCAUUUCUUUACUUAAUCAAUAAGGCUGAGGUUGGAGUCGGACUGGGUUGGAAUUUUAUUUCAUUCUUAAUCUCCUCGUAUUGAUUGAUGAACACUAUUGCUGCAGUCGACUCGAGGUCAUUACUUAUUCACAACCUCCAACCAGAGGGAAAAAAACAAAACGAAGAAUUCCUAAUCAGGAAGUCGGGAUGGUUUCGUCAGCCCCGAGUUCAGCAGGUGACAUAAAAUCAACAUGGCCGCUCAGAGCAUCAGCAGUAAACAAAGUAAUAUGUGCAGUGUGGGUCUGAAAGGUCACAUGACCUUCCUCGAGGCUGCCUCACUGCAGGUAACGAGAUACUUUUCAAGUCAAUGCAAGGUCAAAUGUCACAUAUAGGGCAGAAGCUGUAUUACAAGGCCAGUAACUGUCCAAUUCAAGUUACACACACACACUUCAUGCUGUUGAACACUUAGGUGGUACACUGUAAAUAUAUUUAUUAAAUGUUAACAGUUAAAAGUAAAAGUAGCAUUUUUGGGGCAUUUCCUAGGCUGUUUUUUCCUCCGUUAUUAAGUAGGAAGUAAAAGCACGACAGGGAGUGUUAUUAUAAGAAAAUAAUGAUUGGUGUGAAAGACUGUUAGCAUCCCAAAAAUGUUUUAUUUUCUAAAAACGGCACAUUCCUCUUAUACCGCAACAAUUACUGUACGAUUUAAUUUAUUAAAUAAUGACGCAUCAUACGUUAAUCCGUUUAUUGCUGCAUUUAAUGUUGUUGAAUGUCCAUGAAACACGUUCCUGUCAUCACUUACAUUAUAACAUAAUUAAUAAUACUCCUUCCUGAAGACUUUCUCACGGAGGAGAACUUGCAUUUAACUGUUCCAAAGCACUGACACUGAAGACUCCUUCCAUAAUUGGUACAUAAACAUCUGACCAUAUCAACGAUUAGAUGUUUUUAAUAAACAACAAAUUCUCAAACGUAUUUAUUAUUAGGCUUAGACUCCGUGGGCUGGCCGCCACGCUAAUCGCCGUGAUUUAGAAACCAUGACGUUUAUAUAAACCUGUGAUUUCAAUUACAGCCUAAUUACGGUCCGAGCUUAUCUUCUAGAUUAUGAGUCCUCACCUUCUGACCAAUCAGAAUCCACAGAAUUGGGGCUCCAUAUGAUUUUGCCUUUUCUUCAAAAUGUGCAGUUUUUUCGACCGUGCAGUUGUGCUGAUGCAGUCGUGCGCGUUCAUGAACUAGAUCUAAUGAGGUGAUAAUGCCUGUAAAAGUCCUGUACUCAGGUGGAUGUCCACAUGCAGACCGAUGACUACAUCUCUGGGGAUCUUUCAAGAAUUACAUACGUUAGCAUUUAAAGAGGCAAUUUGUGACUUUGAGCCCCCUAUUGUGAGAUGUACAGUGAAUCACAAUUGUAAUGAAAAUAUAAUAAACAAUAAGUAAGGAAUGAAACAUGGCAGGAGAGGGUGUUGAUAAGAAAAUAAUGCAAACUAUUUCUGCUAUUUUACAAAAGGGUUAUUUAAAAGUAAGACUGUGGAUUAAUUAUGUUUGAACAAGUAUAUGAUGAAGACUUUGGGUGAGAUUACCUUUUACCAUGAUCUCUACCAAAUCAUGUCUUGACCAAUUGUGUAUCUUUCGAGUAAGUGUGAAUGGUGUAAAUUUGAUUUUCACCAAACGUUUCCUUUAAUGUGGACACAACAGUGUUCCAGGUGCUUCGUAUUAUUUUCUUUUUGUGUUGUGACGCUCAUUGUGGCUUCCUCUGAAUUUGAAGUGCAGAAUUAUUUUGAAGCCUUCUGCUGGUAAAUGAUCUAUAAUUUCAUAGGCUCUGAGAGGUAGUGCUACAGUCUGGGUGGGGCCGUGUGUUUAUUUUCAGUCCUUAUCAGUGCCAUCAAUCCUACUAGUCGUGUUUUUCUUUAUGCUGCUGCUGGCCAGAGUCUCCAAAAUGUGUGAGGAGGAGGAGGAGGAGGUGGAGGAAGAAACCUGAGCCGCAUCGAUCCACACCAUCAGUCAGAUCAGCGGCAGGCCUUUUAAAAGAACCCUGCCUCAUUCUCCGCCUCUUUCUCCAUCCACUGCUGACUGUAAUUGACCCUGGGAAGGACACACACACACACACACACACACACACAUACACACAUACACACACGUACACAUAAGCAGGGAGUGUCCAAGCUUCAGUAUGAUGCUGAUUAGAAGAUCGGACGACGUGCUGUUUCUUAGUAACUUGUCUUUGCUGCUUUAGGAUUCCCCAGGAACACACUAGGACCACUCGUGUGUGUGUGUGUGUGUGUGUGUGUGUGUGUGUGUGUGUGUGUGUGUGUGUGUGUGUGUGUGUGUGUGUGUGUGUGUGUGUGUGUGUGUGUGGCGUCAUUAUUGCCUGGUCUCAUUCCACCCCAGAUGGUGCUCUGCUUGGUCAUGGACUCCAGGGAGGAUGGAGAUGCCUGGAUGGAGGAGCAGUGGGAGAAAUGGCUAACUCAUGACAUGAGUCUGGAUGAGUAUGAAGAUGACGACCUGUCAGAGGUGACGGAGAUCACAGAUGAGAAUGACGACCGUCUGAGCCGCAGUGACUAUGAUAUUCAGGAACACAUGAUUCGUCCAGCCAAUGGGAGCGGGGAGUUGGGUCGGAGGAGGGGGGCCGUGGAGCUGCAGAAGGAGAUGCUUCAGCUGGAUCUGAUAGACGCUGAGGGAGGCACCCAGGAAGAAGGAGGAGAAGACGAAGAAGAGGAGGAGGAGGAGGAGGAGGAGAGGCCUCUGCUGCUCAUCGAUGAGCACCGAGAGGAAGAGCGAUCGCUGAUGGCCGCCAUGGAUACAUAUCGGCCCAAGAGACCCACCACCCUUAAUCUGUUCCCGCAGGUGCCAAGGACUCAGGACACCAUUAAUAAUAACUCUUUUGGUGAAAAAGACAGAAGGAAAGAGAAGAAGUCCCAUUCAUCUUCACCUCACAUAAAAGGGGCCCAGCCUCCCACUGUUGAACAUGUUACCCCAAAUGAUGGGGUCAAGGUCCAAGCAAGCAGCCGGUUGGAUCCUAAGCCGUGUGUAGCUGCUUCCGUGACACACAAAACUCCAGUGUCUAACUGCAAGAAGCAGGAUAAACCUUCUGACAGUGUGGGCAACAAUAUCUGUACGGUCCCGGUGUCCAAUUGUGCAGCCAUGAAGGACACAACCAGGGAUGGGAAUUUGACUGGGACUAUCAGCAAGGAGAAACCCCACUAUAACUCCAUGAAUGGCUGCCGGGACCAUGGAGAAAAUGGAUAUACACACCACCACUCGGAUAAAAAUAAGGACAAGGGUAAGGAGACGAUGCUGGACAUCCAGUUGACACCGGUGGGUGCUGAGCAGGAGAGACCUUUCCUUUCCCAGAGCAGCGACAGCAACCGCAUGUCCAUCAGCUCCGAUACUGAGCUCCCUCCCUUGCAUUUCCAUUCUGUAGCCGAACGUACCAACCCAUCCAUCAGCGAAGAGGAUGAAGUGUACCCUCCAACACCUCCGUGCAGGACUGAUAGCCUCAGCGAGGCAAUAGACUCUAUUUCGAAUGCAAAACCAGGUGACACAGCAGCUGCGAACGCAGCAGUUAGCACGGACGCCUCGGGACUGACAUACGACUCUGUGAAAUACACCCUGGUGGUGGACGAGCAUUCAAAGUUGGAGCUGGUUAGUCUAAAGCAGUGUUACCAAGGCUAUGACAGCGACAGCGACAACACCGUGUACGAGUCGGCUGUCGAAGAGGAUGAGGAGGAGGACCAUGAUGUGGACGAUGAUGAGGACGAGUCAGGCGCAGGAGGAAUGAACAGGGACACUUCCGGUCUGUCCACAGACUCUGCCACUGACACCACGUCAGACAUGCCUCGCUCACGCAAAUUCCUCAAUGUCUUCAUAAACAGACGUCCAUGCUUUCCUGGUGUGGAAUCCUUUGGUCUUUUCUCCUGCAUUAUCGAUGGUGAGGAGAGAGAGCAAAGCCACAGGGCAGUGUUCAGGUUCAUCCCGAGGCACGCGGAUGAGCUGGAGAUGGAGGCGGACGACCCAUUGUUGAUGGAAAUGCAGGCGGAGGAUUUGUGGUGUGAAGCCUACAACAUGCGCACCGGAUCCAGAGGCAUUUUCCCUGCUUUCUACGCAGUUAAAGUCACCAAGGACAGCCAGCCUAAAGAGGUCAAAAGUGACUGGCUAGACACAUUCUGGGUGAAAUUCCUGGGCUCUGUUCAAGUGCCAUAUCAUAAAGGGAAUGAUGUGCUUUGUGCAGCUAUGCAGAAGAUUGCCACAAACAGAAGAACAAUGCAGUUCAACCCUCCCUCCAUGUGCAUCGUGGAGAUCAAUAUAAGAGGAGUGAAGAUCAUCGUUCAGGACGAGUGUGAGGUUUCUGGAAGGGGUGACAAGUACUGUCACUUCUUUCAGCUGAAGAACAUCUCUUUCUGUGGAUGCCAUCCAAAGAACAAAAAGUAUUUUGGACUAAUCACCAAACACCCAGCACACCAGAGGUUUGCCUGCCAUGUGUUCUUCUCAGAGGAGCACGCCUCAUAUCUGGCUGAAUCUGUCGGCAAAGCGUUUCAGCAGUUCUACAAAGAACACAUGGAGUACUCCUGUCCCACAGAAGACAUCUUCCUCGAAUGACCUUUGCUUGUUCUUUUGGACUACUGUAUAUCCUAUUAUCCGAGGUGUUGCAUGAAAGGUCACAAAAAUCUCCUUAACAUGUCAUGCUAAGAUGUUUAUGUCUAUUUUAGACAAAGCGUACAAUUCAAAAAAGACACUACUGCAUCCCCAACAUUUCCAACAUGCUCUUCAGUAAUUUUUCAGAGCCAAUUUUAUUCAGAUCCUGUCUCAAAUUCAUAGAAAUCAUAGGAGAAAAAAUGCAAUUCUGUGAUUUUUUUUUUUCAGCACUGAACCAAAUGCACAGUGUCCUAGCUUGAAAAUGUAAAAACAAAAACCUAAUCAAAAUGGUUUCUGUAUGUUAUUUAAGACAGAUGUUGGUUCUACGUCACCGUAACCUUUGGUUCACGUGCACUUUGCUUAGAACAUCGGGAAGUAUGCUAGCAUGCUAGAAAAAGCCAGUAUGCUGGUAAAUGCUAGGAAAAUCUAGCAUGCUAACAUGCUUUUGUGCUAGCGUUUAGGGUUCUCAGUGUCAGUCUGCUAACAUCCACUAUUUUUCAGUUGUUUUGCACCAUGGUGUUGGAUGUUGUAUUCAGUGUGCUUCAAUAUUCAAAUCCAUCAAACUGUAUCAAUGCCUAAAAUGCAACCAGGCCAUGUCUCAGUGAUCUCUGAAUUUAUAUAGCCUUGACAACCAAAUGUUUUCUUUUUAUUUAGUUCAUAUACAGUGUGAAUGAUGUAUGCAUCUUAUACAGUGCAGUCCAUAAGAAAUCAAUUGCAGAUUGCUAAAACAAACCAACUCUGUGAAACAUGGUGGUGGUAGUGCCAUGGCUUGGUCUUGUACAUUUAAAGCCUAAAAACUCACUGGACAGCAUUUCACUUUGCAUCAGUGAACUGAAACAUAACGCUAAAGGAACUAUGGAAUGUAAAAUUCAUACCUACUAAAGAAAUUAAGUCAAAAAGCUUCCAAAAGAAACAGGAAGUCAAGAUAUCUACAUUACAGGCCUCAUUACUGAGCACCAUUUCGAGCCAAUUAAAAAACCUGACAAAAUUUUAACUUUACUUUCGACAAUUUUUUUUUUUUUUUCGGAUGUUUAAAAUGUGGGCACAGUUAGUAUGUUCACAUCAUCAGAAUUAUUAUACGUACAUAUUUUUGAAUCAUAAAACCUGUUCAUGUAUUUGUAGAAAUCUCUGAACUUUCUGCAAGGUCCAAACUCAACAUGUCAUAAACACAUAAACAAACAUUGCCCAAAAAUAGCUGAAGCUUUUUUUUUUUUUUAACAACUACAGUUAAAUGUUAUGUAGUUCUCAGACUUUUAAACCUGUAGAUCACACAUUUCCCUAGUAAUGACCUCAUAACCAAUACUGUAGCGUAGUUCAGGUUUUCGCUUUUAGACAUUAGCUUUCCAUCUUAAAACAAACUAUUCAAGAUGCUAAAAUAUGGUUUGGCUAACUGCUAGCCACUAUAUUUAGCAAUAUAGUAUCAUUGGCAUUAGGUGAAUUUUCCAAUUUCAGUAAUAAUGAUACAAUCCAAUGAAUUAUAGCAUGCACAGUAACUUAUGGGCUGCACUGUAUUUUAUACGCAUAUAAUUCAACCACUAAAAUAUAUUCAUUAAAAUAGAUGAAUCAUAUUUAAACAGAGGGUGAUGUACAGUGUUAAAUGUUAAAAAUCCCUCUUACUAUUAUGAAAUAUGGUGACUAUCAUAUUUAUGAAAGAAAUGUACUGAGCUUCAGAGCAGAUGGUUUAUUGUAAUUGUACAUUUUACACAGGUUUGGGCUCUCGUGAUUCUAACAGGUGAGCACACCGUAUAUAAUGAUUUAAGGCAACGAAUCUAUGCCCAAUUUCAUUUUUUAAGCCUUUUGGAAUGAACACCUUACCAGCAUGUACUUCAAUCUGAACUGAAGCUUAACCACAAAGAGUAUGCAAUAUUUAACCCUUUGAGUGAGUGACUGAGUGGUUUGAAAAGUGUGUAUCUAGUUGACCUUUCAGACAUCUAUUGUUCAAACCAAAUUAAACCAUUGUAAGGAAGUGUGUUAUGAUACUUCAGCACAUUACUAUGCCAAAACAACCCAGUUUAGGCAAAUUCUGGAUAAAAGUGGGCAUGAAAAAAACAGUGAUCAUGAAUUUAUAGAUGUUUAUUAUGAAAAGUGAUUAUGUUUGGACCGUAUGUGUCUUUAGAUCAAUCCUGCAAAACCACAAGUUGUGCCUAUUCAUUUUGUUUGUUGUGUUUAUUGUACAUGGUGUUUUUAAUUUUUAUUUUCGGAUGAUCUUGACUGUACUAUGGAACACAAAAAAAAAAAUUAAACUUGGUUUGUAAAUGUUUUGUACUGGAGUCUGAUUUGCACCAAGGUGAAGUGGUAGCUCAUUGGGUUUAAAAUUAUAUUUUGGCUAAAAAUAAAUGAUAUUCCAAAUGUUAAUUCUCACUUUUGCACUAGAGCUGUAUAGCUCUU